UUGUAUUUCUAUGUAUUGUACAUACAAAAUGUUUGAUACUUGUCAAUAUAAACUAUUAUCUUACGUGUUUUAAAUGGUUUUGGAUGGAAUUUAUUUAAUUAACAGAAAUGAUUAAGUUGUGACAGUGUAGUUGAUUCAUUAUGAAGUGAGAGUGCUUACAGAACGGUAUUUUCCUACAUUUCAACGACCGAAUGGAAAUAAUUAGUAGGUCACAAAUGUAAGCGGUAAAGUAAGAUUGAUGAAUAGGAAGAAUGUGAAAAACGGAAUGGAUUCGGGCCUGGGCAGUGAUGAGGACCGCAGGGGUCGUACAAAGGAGCAGAAGCAACUCCAUAACCAACAACUGCUGAGCGGUUGCUUUAUUGAUGCCGCCAGUCUAUCAGACGAUGCGGAGGUGGUUGACCAGCGGAGGAACGAUGAACGCCGACAAGGAGCCCUUCUAUUCCAAACUUCUGUGCCACAUUUUUCUAUGCUACAGAUGUCUAGUUCCAGCGAAGCCCGCAGUUUCUCAACCUCAGCUGGCAACUUGACCAACUACCCCGACACCAGUACCCCCUACAACUCCAUCAUCCAACUGGACUUGGACGAACCUGAAACUUCUAGGAAAUCACCUCUGGGCUUCUACGUUGAUCUUAGCGAUGUCGCCGAGGCCCCCAAAACCCCACCGUCGGCAUCUGCUACGAAAAAUAUUUUCUCCAUGGUUAUUGAUUUCGAGGCCCCCAAGAAAGACAAGCCAACCAAAUUGAGCUCCUCUUUUACGACUUUUAGAAAGAGCAAGCCUUUGAAUAAAACUAAUUUAGUAGGCAAGUGCCACGGUAGCGGUAGCCUUUCGUCGAGCAUCAGUUCUAUAAAUUCCAACUCGGUAGCUGGCACAAGCAGGCAGUCAGAGGAACAAGAAGUAAGACGAAGCAGCAAGGAGCACAUAAGCAUUGAAGUUCUCAGCGCUUCUCUCGUCAAAAACCUCUCCAUAUCGUCUAGUAGCAGUGAAAAUAUUGGUUUGGAGAAGAGCAGUGACGAUCUAGAGCGGGAUUCUGCUAAAGAAUCGGUUGAAGAAGAGCACAUAGAUCAUGACAAUGACUCUGAGAAAAUUGAAGAUGACAAUAGUAGGAACCUCUCGGAGAACAAUUUGGUAGAUAAUGAGAAGGGUCAUGCUGAAGAGGUUGGGGAUAAAGUGAAUAAGCCACAGCCGUGUCCUCAGUUUGUGAAACUCUCCGAUCUGGAAUGUCAGAAGCCGAGAGUGGAAAUAAACUUCACUCCCCGGAUGAGCAGGUCCAUCCCGGAGAGCUCGUGGGUGGAGAGCCCCCUGUUGAUGUCCCACUCGGUAGGGUACCGCAGCGCACCCCAUCCCCUGGAGCCUGAAACUAGCGAGACCAAUUCCGAUUCGGAAAGCGUUUCGAAUGCGUCCGGUUCUCAACAGAAGAACCUGGCCAGGAAGUUGGGUACCGAUCUGUUGCGGAUGUUCCUCGAGGAAAUCGGACCGGACGUGACUGUGGAGGUGGAGGGGCACAAGCUGAAAGCCCACAAGUGCAUCCUGGCAUCUAGGUGUCAGUAUUUCGCGGCCCUGUUAAGUGGAAAUUGGUUGGAAAAGUCUGGGAACGUGAUUUCCUUGCAGGGCUUCACAUACGAAUCCGUGUAUUUCUCCUUGUGCCACAUAUACAGCGGCGCUGCCCACGUGCCCGACUCCAUUAGCCUCGUAGAGUUGGCCUCUCUGGCCGACAUGCUGGGUCUGGAGGGCCUGAAGGAAGUCGUCGAGCACGCCCUGAAGCAGCGCCACUGCCACAACUUCCACAAACCCUGCGCGGGCUGCUGCACCGGCGUACUAGAAGUACUACCCCUGUCCGCGGCUUACGGCCUGGACGACUUAUACCAGAAAUGCCUCCAGUGGAUCACCCAGCACUUCGUCAGGGUAUGGCCUAGCAGGGCGUUUGCCAGCCUACCCAGGGAACUGAGGGAGAAAUGCUAUCAGCAACACGUCGUUCACAUGAACCCGGACAAGGUCCUGGAGGCGAUUCUGGCAUGCGACAAGAUCCUGGCCACGUUGCCGGCCAUGCGAUGGGCCGAGCCCGUCAGCCAGCUGGUGCUGCAGCUCACCGAUGCCUGCCACCUCUACCACAGGCAGCACUUCUCUGCCGUCCUGGGUUCACAGUAUGUACUCGGCCUAGACGCGGGCCUCGGAUUCGGGAUCUGCCAGAUUGAGGAUCAGAUGUUGUUGGCGGCUAAAACGCUGGGUGUGGACCAGGCUUGCCGGAGUUAUUCGAGGUGCUGCAAAAUGCUGGAUCAGCACUGGAGUAGGCCAUUUGCCGACCUGCUGAACAAGGUGAAGCUGCAGCUGGAGCAGUGCCUGGUGGGACAAGCGGAUAGGUUGAUCAGGAGUAAUGCUUGGUUAAGGCUUGAUACGCCAUUGAGGACACGAAUAAAGGAGCUGACGCCCGGCAUCGAACCCUCUAGCCGCCUCCCCCGCGCCGCCCCCUUGAGAACCAAAAAAACCCUUACGUCCAAACAGAACGCAAACAGUCCCAUGAUAAGCUCCUCGGACUCGUCGAGGAACUCAAGCCCCGGUAUGAACCAGCACGGACGACUACACAAUUCCAACGGCAGCCCGUCCCUGCGGCGUAGCCUAUUAUUAGCCGCGAAAGCCCCGCAGGUGCCCCCAAGUCCAUCCGUACACCGACGCAGCACCUUAACGCAACCAACCGCAGCUAGCGCGGCCAAGUCCACUCCAUCCAAAACGAAAGCCGCACCACGUAACCCUCCUCCCAAACCGGCUGCCAUUAAUCGUCCUCCAAUGCAAUCCGCAUCACAGAAGCAGACUCCUAAAAGGUCCGCCACUGUUUCCAGGAAUACCAGCGUGGGCAAGAGAGAAGCCCCGUUGUCGCUCCCGCGGAGGCCGGACAGUCGUUCCAGUUCGCCAUUGAAAAGCGACAGCAGGACUAGUUCCCCGAGGAAGCUGGACAGCAGGGUGACGUCUCCGAUUAAGGGGAACAUAAGGAGCCCGUCGCCUAUGAAGGACAGUAGGAGCAGUUCCCCUCGUAAGGUAAGGCCGGGCAACAGCGAGGCGAAAUCGGCGCCGGUACCGACCAUGCAGAGGUCGAGCACGUUCUUGAAGGACGAGCCCACCGUCCUGGGUAAGGUUAUCUAAGCAUUCCCCUAGUCCGCAUUCCUAGUCAGGUUAGUUUUUAUUUUGAUCUCGUGUCACGAUAUUUUUAGUCUUUGUGAUAAAUGUUUUCGUUUUUAAAGCUUCACAUGAACAAGAGGUGUACAUACACACAAGGUUUUAUUCUGUUAUUAUUAUUAUUUUUUUAAAUUGUUAUUAGGCGUAAGAGGAAAGUUUAUUGUCACUUAGUAUUUAUUUCCCGCACUUUUAAGGAGUGGACGGUGUUGCGGUCGCGAUUAGUUGCCAUAUUCGUCCGUGUAAAUAUGGUCCCAAAUUAGUCCAAAUGACGAAUAUUCAUUCUCCAAUAGCGAGAAAUCCGGAGCGAGCGAGUAGUCUUUUAAUUUACUCUAAAAGCUACACAAGAAAAAAAUAAAAAAUUUACAUUUAAAAUUAACCAAUUGAUUUAUUGAAGGAAACUAUCCGAUUGUUUCGCUGAUCCUGACUUGUUUUAUAAUGUAUGUAGUUGGUAGCUUAAAGUUCUGUUUCCUUCAAGCAAGUUUGAUAAAACAAUUAACAGUCCGUACGAUAUUUGCUGAGAUAGACCUCCAAGAAGAUUUCUGUUUCACUUUCUUGGACGUAACCGCAUUCGAUAGCCGAGGUAGAAAGACAUUGGCGGAAAACAACGCCGUGACAAAUGCCGUGAUAAAUUGUUACAGUUGUUCCAUAUCAGAACUUUAUUGGCUUAUUCUCUUCUUGGAAUUCUAUCUCAACAAAUAUCGUACGGACUGUGAAUUUGUCUAAAAUUGUCCUUAAUAGUGGACCAAUUAAUAAUAAAUUGGGAAGCCGAGUAAAAAAGUUCUCUCGAUGAAAUACCCUUAUUGAAACGUUUAAAAGCACUCACGAAAAAUAAAUAUUGUGAAAACGCCUAUGAAAUCAAAAAGGUUAGUUACAAAUUUUAAAUGUGAUGAUAAAUAUUUAUAUUAUAUGUAUGCGUAGGUUAAGCGACGAGACUAAUUUCAAAUUAUUUAAAAUGUUACGAAAUUGCGUGGAUUAAAACCAUUCCUAUUUAAAUAAAAUUACUAAAUCGUUGAAAGUAAACUGUACUCUUUUUUUUGUCACGACUGAAGUUUAUUUGACUCACGUUUUUUCACCGUUAUUUGUUUUCAGAAAAAAUUUGAUGAGCAAGUAUUUUAUUGUCUAUAUGUAUUUUAUGGGUCGAUUUUGCGCACACCUGUAAUCUUCUAUAAGUUUACAGUAACUCCUAUAUCAUAAUUUUUUACGACCGAACUCUUUUUGCGAGGUUUGGAAAAGAAAAUAGUUUCGACAAUAUAUUUAUUUGGAAAGCGAAUUUAUUAAUUUACGGAAUCGGAAUAUAAAUCUACCAGAACAUGUGCAGGAGCCUAUUUAAUAAUGUGAGAGUGAUUUUGAUUUAAACGGUUGGUAAAUGUGAUUUCACGUUGAGUUUUAUGUCUAUUCUCUAUUUAAUGAUUUUAAGCGUAAAUGUGACUUAUUUUUGUUAAAUAUAAGUGCAAUUUGCAAAUUCACUUUUUUUUAAUGUACUGAGAAAGGAUAUUCUGAUACCCAUCAGUCUCUUUCGAGCUGUCAUUUACUACUACUAGUAUAAAAAUAUAUGGGCACACUUACCAGUAAGGUUUAUAUUUUGCUGAUUAAUAGAUUUAAGAAAAACUUCUCCAUCUUUAAUUCAUGUGUGUCACGUAAUUUUAUAUAAAAAAACAAAUGUUUGUAGGAAAACAAAAUAAUUUUUUAAGGGUUAGGAUUAAUCGUAAACUCAUCGAAGUGAAGUUGGCAGUAGUUCAUUUGCAUCUCUGUAACCAAGGUCGUUACAGGGGUGGUUCCAGAAUGACAUUUUACGAUUCUGUAAAUUAUGUUGCAGGUUAAUCAUACCUUAUAGAGUUACAAAUUUACAGGGAAACGCAGAAUCGACCCAUUUUUUCCGACUUAUCUAGUUUUUUAAGUUAUUCCACUUUUGCUGUGAUUAAUUUAAAUUCAUGUGAAGGAUUUGAUAGAAAGAUAUUAGAAAAGUAAAUUUAUAGUAUAUAUGCAUAAGCAACUUGUAGCUAUAAAUAAUUGUCCUUUCUUCGAUUACAAAAAGUGAUUAUCAGCAUAGUUCUAUCUGUCUAUGGGAUGUAAAGGUGAUAAAAAAGGCUUUGUAAUGAAAGAGACCACAUACUGUAGAAAUUAUAUAUGUAACAUUUUGUUUAUACUUUGAGGGCCCCUGCACUAAUUUCUGUUAGAUGUAAAAAAAAUUAACUUGUACGCGUCAUUUUCCACAAAAUAACUUGACGGUUUUCUCUUGAAUUUUAGCAUACGGGCCUAGUUUCCAUCCAGACGAUCUACAUUUUAAAGACCCUUCAUUUGAUUUAAGUCGUCAAGCAAAGAUAAUGAGAUUUCAGACUAAUUAACCGUUAGGUCAAGUAGACGAAUAGAUAUUUAAAUUCAGUAACCCUAUCUCUUAAUAGUAGUAACUUAUACUAAUAGAGUUGAUAGAGUAAGUUGGUGAAGUCUCAUUAUUUCUUGCCGUGCAAGAUUAUUUAUGAGUAGAUAUAUUUUUUGGAGAACCUAUGUAUAUUCCUUGGAAUUCCUUUUAUGAAUUUCGAAGGAUCUAUUUGUUGUACAAUGGAACAAAUAAAUUAGAUAUUUUUAAAUGAU